AGGCGGACAUUCACAAGUCAUGGUCAUCGUGGAUCGUUUUUCCAAAUUUCUUGAUUACUUUACCACCUCAUACACCAAUGAAUCUCGUGAUUGAAGAAUUUCACCAGCAGUACACUCUGCAAUAUGGCCCCCCAAAAACUCUUGUGAGCGAUCGGGACACCAGGUUCAUUAGUACUGAUUGGAAGGAUUUCACCUCUCAGAUCUAUGACACUAGACUGAAGAAGACAUCUGGUCGACACCCCGAGGCCAAUGGGUUAGCAGAGGAAAUCAACCAGACUGGCAUUCAACUUCUUUGUGCUCUAAUUGUUCCCAAUCAGAACACGUGGGACAAAGAGUUACACAAAGUGAAGGGGUUGUACAAUAACCCCAUCCACUUUGCAACUGGUGUAACACCGAAUCAGCUGCAAUAUGGUUGGCAAAUGCACAAUCCUCUUGCCUACUUGUUCCCUGAUCGGUGUCGUGGUCUGACACCUGGCAUGCCUGGUUACAAUGCCAAGUACGCAUGCUUGCUCAAAGUUGUUGUUGCAGCAAUGACCAACCGCGAGCAUGCCAUGAUCAAACAUGCUAACAACGAAAUCUUAAAGGAGUCUGAAGAAGAAUGUGAUCUGUUCCUUGCUAAGUUAGCUACGGUAAAUGACACCGUUGAGCGGAACCUGAUGAUGGAAGAAAAAAAGGCAGAGUUGAACAGUAAACUGCUAGCCACCAGAAGACAAGAAAUUGAUGAAAAGAAACGGCUGCAGGCAGAAGGGGAGAAAUUACAGAAAGCUCUAGAGGAGCAAAAAGAUAAACCCUCUGCGACUGAAGAACAACUGGCACUGCUAAGGGAGGCCGUGCUCAACACAAGACAGGACAUGGCCUUAAUGCGCCAGACGCUGCAAAGAGUUGAGACCCAUCGGGUUGAGUUCGAGACUAUUUGGAACAACUUUUUAGAAAAGUCUGCUAAGGACGUGGACCAUCAUGUUCAGACAUAUAUCCAGGUUUUGGAUGAUCAUGUCACUAAAACGUUCACUCCGGAAGUCGUAGAGAGGAUUGUGAAGGGAGCUGGAGGCGAUGGGGGAGAUGGUGACGACGAUGGCGAUGGUGACAGGAAGGGAAAGAAGAAGAUUGGGGAUCCUAAAGAAAAACUUCCUCAGGAAUCCGGGCAGGUUAGCAAGAUCAAGCUUAAACUGCCCUGGACCUAUAAUGGGAAAAAGGAAGAGAGUGUCUUACAUUGGGCAGCCGCAAUUGAAACCUACGUAUACGGACAGCGUAUUCCAUAUUGGGACAGAGUAUUGAUGGCGACAUCAUGCAUGGGAGGCGACGCCAUGAGCUUUCCCAUCUCGCUGCAAAAGGAAGCGGGAUGCAGCUCUAUGAUAGAAUAUUCGCAGCAAACGCAAAUCGACGACUUCCUAAAGUUAAUAAGAGAAAGGUUCGAAGACAAAAAUCUAGCAAGACGUACAGAAAUGUUAAUUCUCAGCCUUCCUGACAGGAAAUGGAAAAACACUUCUGCAUUAAAGGCCACAAUGGAUGAAUUGUUGCAAUGUCCUGAUCAUGGAUUAACGCCAGCCCAAAUUUUGAAUAGCUUUGCAAGAGCACUCCCGGAUCCCUUAAGAACACAGCUCUAUCCCCGAACCAAGGAAGAUGGGAUGAACUAUGAGAAGUUCGGCAAGAUCGCCAUAGAUCAUGCCGGCUUCCUCGCCGAGGCGAAUUAUUGCCACUACUGGAAAGAUCUGCAAGCGGGAAAAAGAUGGCAAAACCGCACUAUCUCAGGGUCUAUACCUGGGAAAGAUAGUCUCCUUCUAACCUUUGAAGAAGGAGGCGCCGAGACCAUCUCCUGGGAUCAGGUUGACUAUGGUCUCGAUGAACCCAACAGACCGGUAGCUCAGGAGGGGAGUUACGCAGCUGUUGCAGCCCGCGGGGGAGGGCGUCAAGGAAGAGGGCGUGGCCGAGGAAGAGGUCGCGGCCGUGGUGGAAGAGGAUUCGGCACCCAGAGGGGUGGUGGCGAAGGUAGCCACUACGUGGGAGGAAGGGGAAAUGGUCCCUCAUACGGUGGUCGUGGUUCUUACUCCACCUGGGGUAGAGGAARAGGCUCAUGGUACAACAAGUGGRAUAAACCUCUGGAUAAGCGGGCGAUUCUGAAAAAGAAAGCAGAGGAAGAGGAGGCAGUAGCAUUUUCCCAUCGCGGACAAUCCAAGCCCACAACCGUUCAGCCUUUCAAUCUGUCAACUCCAAAGCCAAAGUCAUCCCCUGCAUCAUUUGAAGACGAGUCAGUUAAGUGGCAAUUCAAGAUCAAGCCUGUGCCUGCUGUCAAGCCAAGGCCGACGACAGAAGAGAAGGCCCUGGAGAUUGCAAAGCAAAUAAACCGUCAGAAAAUAAAGGAAAAAUACGCAGACCCUAGAUUCCAGCCAUUCAGGCUCCGCACACUGGAACGUCCUACCAAUAUUGAAAAGCUUCGAUUAGAGGUUGAAGGGCAAAGAGAGAAGGACCAUGAGUUCAUUCCUCCGAGGGCAAGACCAGUGCCUUCAUCACCCACCAAUCAGGUGAGGCACACAACAUCGACAAUACUCAGGGAAGAUGCGCUAUACAAAAGAAGGAUGGAGGAGGAAGCAAAAAUUGUCCGCGCAUACGAGAUGGAGCUACGAGAUGCAACAGAGUAUGUUGCACGGAUGGAGGAGGAGAAGCAAAAGGCUGAGAAGCAGCGCCUUGAAGAGCUGCGGAAAAGGAAGGAGGAACUAUUUGCUAUCCCUCAGGCAAUUGCAGAAUCUAUGGCGGAAAAGCUUCAAGAGAAAAAGGAAGCAGCCUUGGAGAUGAAGGCAGAAGCAGAGCGAUUGGAAGCUCUCAAGGCAAAGAAGGAGCUUGAGAUCCAAAGUAACAAGAGAGCCAAAUGUGAGACUAUUAUAGAAGAUCGGAAAAACAUCAAGGUUGCACAAGAUAAGAUUUAUGAUGAGAAGAGGAAGAAGGCUGAGCUCAUUGCUGCAGAGACUCAGGCAUCGGAGCAACGCAUGGCUGAAGAACGGGCUGCAGAGCAGCUGCGGAGGGAGGACGUUAUCAGGCAGCUGAAGGCCAUUGAUGCAGUUCCUUUUCCUGAUCCUGCGAAGCUUUUUGACCCGUACACGACGGCUGGCUACGGACUGCUUGUGGAGAUGCCACUCGCAGAGGUCAGGGAAAGGCUAGCCAUCGGAAGGGACAAGCAAAAGGAAUGGGAGGAGGCACAAAGAAGGACCAUCAGUGCCAAAAAAAUAGAGAGGGAGAACUUUUUGCGGUUGAAGGCAAAUGAGCUCAGCCACAUAAGAGAUAAAGCCCACGUCCGGCGAAUAAUCAAGAGGGAGGCAGUCCAAAGGGAAUUGCAAGAGAAGAAGCAAAAGAAACAACUUGAUCGAGAGGAGAGCAUGUUGGAAUUAUAUGACAAGCUACAAAAGAAGAGAGUCGCGCAGUUUGCAGAAAAGGAAAGAUUGAGGCUUGAGGAGAAGGCCAUACGGUUUGAACAACGCAAGCUUGCACAAACAAAGGAUCUUGUCGAGAACAUGAAGUUCAGAGAGGUGGAGAAAGGAGCGGAGAGGUAUGCAGUCACACGGAAACAAGAGGCACAGGUCAUGGAAGAACUUUACGAAAAACGGAAAGAAAAAGCCGAGGCCAUGCACCAUCAACUGGCUGUGGAGAAGGCCAAGGAACUUGCUUUUAUCUGUAAGACAUACGACAAAAAGGUGGAGGCGGCAAGGGUCCUUAGAGAUAUGGAGCACAACAUGGAGAUGACGUACAAGACGAACAGAAUAGCUGACGAAAUGACCCGUAAACAAACCUUCAGGCAGAAGCAAACAGUUGUGAAGCCCUACACAGCAGCAAUGGCAGCACCAAUGUCAGAAAGGUUUACAGUGGCAAAUCAAACCGAAAGAACUGCAGUAGCUGUGUGAUGAUGGGCAUGGGAUGGACGUCAUGGGUUUUCUCUCUCAAGGCUGUCAAAUCGCAUGUGCGGCUCCGUGCCUGGUUUUUGCUA